GUUUGUUUGGGUUUCUUUUUUGUUGUUGUUUGUUUUUUAUUUUCUUAUCUCAUAAUCCUAUUUUUCGUGCCAAACAUUCUAUUAGAUAUAGAUUUUGUGCUCAUUAGUCACACCUUUCGUUUUACGAUUUCAAAAUGACCCCGCUAUAUCUUCGUGUUUUCGUCUAUGCAUGUCUAGUGCUAGCCUCAGCUACAUUGGUUACUUGCCAAGACUACAUGUAUCCAACCGUGGCAGAAAGCAGCCGCAAUACGCAUAACUGCACGAAAGGGGUAACUACGGAGUGCAUUUCUCCAGCAAAAUUCACCUGUUUACAAUCUUGUAUGAUGAAGAAUGGUGGAGGUUUUUGUACAACAUGUAGAUGCCAAAUCAAACAAAACACACGAACGGAUAGAGGAGCGAUAGCUGCUUUUCAACCAAGUGGUACAUGUCCCAACUUGAAGUGCUAUGGUGAUUACAAAGUUCAUCAUAAUAUCCCUACUUGGACGAGAGACAGUCUACUUGAUAUCUGCAGCGUACCUGAAUACAUAGAAGCGGGCUACUUUCCGACCAUCGACGCAAACCAGAGUAAAGUCACUUUCUCCGAAGCAACAAAAUGCACUGGACAACCGAACUGUCCUAAGGAACGGUACCUGUCAAAUGAAAUAAGUCCAAUUUAUGAAAGGUAUGAAAAUGGAACAUAUGUCUGGAAAAGUCACGAGCAAAGAUCAUCAACAAGCAGCACCGGAAAUCCAGAUGCAUUACGGGCAACCAUCUGUUAUUCUGUUUUCCUAGUCCUAUUCGUUCUAAAAUCCAUUUAUUAGUUAAGAAUGGUAUCCCAAACCAAAAUAAUAUGGUCAAACAGGUCAUGAACCUUGCUCUAAAACAACACUGAGGAACACGUGAACAUGUAUAUUUCAUUAUAGUCAUGUGUAGCUGCUAACCUUAUAUAAUUGACCAUAAGUGUCUUAUUUAUGCAUUUAUGAAAUUGAAUGCAUUGUGUUUUGGUUCAAUGACAAUUAAGUAUAUAAAAAAAAAAAACGAAUGUUGAAUACAAGUCAGUAAUUAUUUCUCAAAUGUAAUAUGGAUAGCGAGAAAUUUGCAUAAAAUCAAUAAGAAUUCAUAACAUAGUUAACAUUUUACAUUUCUUGAAAUAUCGCAAAUUCUACAAAAUAUCAAAGGAAUGCCGUGGUCAUUAUUCUACGAUAUACCUUCAUUUGAAAUAACUGGUUAUGAGAAAAUUGUUACAUAUGAAAGGUGAAGAUAACGAACAGUGAGCAAUCUCAUGACUCCUAUAAGCAAUACCAAAUAGAGAUUUGGGCAAACCCGGACCCCUGGAUGUUCCCCAGGUGGGAUAAUGUGCCAAGGAGGAGUAAGCAUCCCCUGUCGACCGGUCACACCAGCCGAGAACCUUGUAUCUUGGUAAUGCAGUUUCGAAUCGUUUUUUCCUAUUACAACAUUUUGCAAUCAUAAAACUUAAUCAGUAUAUGUUGCAUAACAAAUUGCUCAAGAACAUUUGUUAUUCAAUAUAAAUCAUUUGUCUGCAUUGCGAGAUCGACACACCUGUAAACAAAGAUGUCGAGACACAUACACGUGUGGAGUUAUCUUGGACUGUGUUUUCAAAGCAGCUGAUAUAAUCCGUCAACAUCAAACUAAAUACUUGAAAUAUUUUUCAAAGUAGAUCUAGUAUACCCUACCAUAUCACCUUUGUCGUGGGCAAAGAACACUUAGGUCUAUUCCUUUUCGGAAAUUCCCAUGACGUCACGGAGAUCUUAUUCGUAGCUGCAUAUGCAAACGUUUCUGAGCCGUAGUAGAAUAGAAAUUAAGUUCUUGUUUUCGGGACCAGAUCAUGUCGCCAAGUUAAAAACAGGUCGUGCUCAAACAACGAAUACGGGUGAACUCAAAAAGACUUGAUCAUUUUAAUCUUCUUGGAUGAAUCAGUUUUCAUGGUUGACCUUCAGCAAACUGUUAAAUGGCGGUCUGUGUAAGUUCUGUGUCAUGUUCCCUCAGUCAGAUGUCCAACAUCAAAAUACAUGUGUUACGCAGCCUUUUACUGCGUAUAAGAAAGCCCUUGGAAAACAUCUGCCCUUUUAAAGCAUCAAAUUUCAGAACACCACAAGAGUGCCAAAUCUGUUUAUCACAAAACCAAGAUGAUAUUCGAAGUGCCAUCUUCAUCUCUUCCAUAUAAACGCCAUUAGCAAAAUCAGGCACAGUAUCAGCACAACAUAAAGUUUGUUGAGAAAAUAGUAGAUGCGAUCAUUCUUUGUGGGAAACAAAAUAUUCCUCUCCGAGGACACAGAGAUGAUACCACAAGUGAUUCCUCAAAUAAAGGUAAUUUCCUGGCAAUAUUACAGCUGUUGGCAAAGCAUGAUGAGCAGCUCUGGUCUCAUCUACAAAAAGCAAAAUAGAAUGCCUUAUAUACCAGCAAAACCAUUCAGAAUGAGGUCAUCCAACUCAUUGGAAAUGACAUCACAGGUAAAAUUUUGAAGGGUUUACAAGGGAGGGGGUUUUAUUCCAUCAUAGCCGAUGAUGUAAAUGACAAGUAUGCUAACAAAGAAGUUUUAGUCUUGUAUCUCAGAUUUCUAGAUACCAGAGAACACCCUGCCAUAAUUAAGGAGGAAUUUCUUGACUUUGCAAAUAUAGGCAGAACUACUGGGAAAGCAAUUGCUGAUAAACUUCUUGAAAUCCUCCGCUUGCUUGCAAUUCCGAUUGAGAACAUGCGAGGGCAAGAAUACGAUGGUGCAGCUGCAAUGGCAUCAGAAAACGGGGGUGUCAGGGACGAAUCAAGUCUCUAAACCAAUUAGCUUUGUACACACACUGUGGGAGUCAUGUAUUGAAUCUGAGUAUCGCUUCAGCCUGCAAAUUAUCCCUUGUGAGGAAUAUGAUAGAUGUCCUUAAUUCAGUGUUUAUUUUCUUUGACAGUUCCCCUAAACGACAAGGGUUUCUUGGGACUAUUAUAGAAACAAUGGUUCUGUAGAUUUUUCCAGAAAGAAACUAGUUGAAUUCUGUAAGACUAGGUGGGUUGAGUGUCAUAUUUGCUUUGAUGUGUUCUACACUAUGUACCAGUUCGUCAUCAAAUGUCUGCAGCACAUUUUCAAUCAAACCCUUGAUGAAAGUACCAGUGAAGAUAGGUCUUGGGAUAGACAAAUUAAAGUGACCGCACAGGGUCUUUUGGCUUCGAUGACGUCCUUCUCUGUGUUGAUAACAUUUGUGUUUGUAAGGUAUGUCCUAGAUACAAUAAAGCCUUUGACUCUCAAACUUCAGAAAAGAGAUAUUGACAUUUUCACUGCAAUUAAGUUAAUUGAGGAACACGUAGAUAGGAUCAAAGAAAUUCGUAGAGCGGUAGAUACCAAAUUGGAGUCUUGCUUUGAAGAUGCAAAACAAUUGCAGACGACCUUGAUAUAGUGAUUAAAACGCCAAGGCUUUGCUCCCAGCAGCAACACAGAGAAAAUGUCUCCACAAGUAAUCCAAGAGAUUAUUAUAGAUCUGUCGUAGCCAUUCCAUUUCUGGACUUUUUCCUCUGUGAAUUAAACACAAGGUUUCAGAAAGAAGAUCUGGUGGCAUAUUCGAUAUGCUCUUUGUUGCCUGUCAAUGUGACAAAUAUUUCACACGAGGAAUUGUCCAAACUUGCCUCGGAACUAAUAUUUUGGGGGAGCGACCUGACUUGUCUUUCUGUAAAGGACUUGGGGAAAGAACUCAGAGGUUAAAGGCGUUAUUGUGUUAACAUGAGCAAAGAAACUUAAGGCAAACUCUGCAAUCUGCUCAAUAUUUUCAACUUUGUAGAUGGGGACGUUUUCCCGAACGUGAAAAUUCUUCUUCACAUUGAUUGUGUUUUACCUAUCACAACAUGUGAGGCCGAAAGAUCCUUUUCUGGAUUAAGACGCAUCAAGACUUCCAUGCGCAGUACUAUGCAAGAGGGCAGAUUGACUGGGCUUGCACUAAUGCAUCUUUACCAUUCAUUAGAAAUUGAUCAAAAGGAAAUUGUACAAUCAUUUAUCAGGCAAGGAAAAUGAAGAUUAUCUCAGUCAAGUCUCUUUAGCUAAAUAACACUUCCUAAGAGAAAACAUCAAUACACGACAAAAAGGUCGUCCGCGUGGUGCAGUGGUUAUAUAGAGCGUUUCCUUCGAGAGUUGGAAAAUAAAGGGUUGAACAUUAUAUCACGGGUUCCCUUUUAUAUAGUUCUUAAACCGUUUGCGUAUUACGCGUUUAGAUGCAUAAUUUCUGUAAAAUUUACUUUUCUACCUUCGGUCCAUUGAGUAUGUAAAUUGAAAAACGACCAAAUUAUCGCUAGAAAUACAAUCUAAUGUCAACAGCAAUAGUUCACACCAUUCAAACAUUUCUACACGCAAACAGAACAUCACAGAUCAUAACAUGCAGUACGCGUCAAAAUCAUGGGACCCGCGUAAUUACGCGGUUUGAUGUGGACUUAGAAAAAAGUCGGUGUCUUUAAAAUUGCGGUUUCUGCGUAUUCUAUAGCACUUGUGUGAACCUUUCAAAUUUAAAGAUACAUAUUCAUGUACACACGUGUCCACAAUAGGGAAAUCAAACAAUCGGCGAUGAUUCAUUUAGUGGAGUCAAAUUAAAGCGAACCGAAAAUAUCGAAAAUCGCCACAAUGUUAGAGUGACUUCAUUCAUUGUGCAUUUUAAUUAUAAAACUUCUAAGUUCGAUGUAAAUUCAUUUUAAUCAUUUUAGUAUGGAAACAACCAGUCACACAGUUCAACUUUUCCAAACUUUCAUUUGUAAAUUAAAUCAAAUAUCGAUAGAAAAAAACAAAUAUUUUAUUGUUUUCAAGAAAAUGUGUUUUAAGUUUGAAAAUCAAACCACACGCCAUAGAAUUUCAGGUCUUUUUGACACACAUUUUCCGUGGUCCGUGACCAAGUUCUUAAGCAGUAAGCGUCAGCUGAUUGAAAGAUAGAGCACGUGUACCUCGUGCUUAACAAUAGAAAUUAGUAAAUCGGUACAUGUAGUUAAUAAAAUGUCAGUUUAGCUUUCCUUUGAUAAAUAGAUGUAUUAAAUGAUUUUAUUUCCAUUUAGAUUAAUAAUGGUGACACAACUUUCCAUAAUAUCUGAUUAAUUAAUAUUCAAUUGGACUUUUUACAUUACUCGCUGUGUACCUUAAUAACACUCACAUUCUUUCUCUGUUGAUUCAUGUAAUCUUCAUUAUUUAUACACAAAGCUGAACCCAUUACUUUUUUUAGUUAAAAUUGCUUAUUAUUGAUCAAUAGAAUGAUGAAAUUGAAAAGCGAAUUUCUCGAUACCCCCUUCAUCACGUUGGAUGAUGCAUGUAUAUAACGCUUUAUAGUUGUAUGCAUUUUACUGUAAAGUUUUUUAAAUCUAUCACAUCCUAAACUACAAAUGUAAUUUUUUCCACAAAUUAAAUAGAUGAAAAUAUAUUGUCACUGUUAACUAUCGAUCCCGAGAGGACGUCUUUCAUGCAAAUAAAAUCAACAAUUCUUUUUCAAAAGGUGUGACUCUAUAUAAACAAAAUAUUUCAUUAAGCCCCUUCCAUAUGUUCAGAUCCAAAUUCGAUCAUAAAAAUGAAAUAGUAUUAUUUCUUUGGGUAAUAGAUAAAAAGAAUCAAAACUGUAUGCUAUAAGAUUAAACAAAUAUCAUGCCAUCAAGUAGCACUUGUGAAUGCAUAACAUAUAUUCAUGUUUAUUGUGUACAGUUCGCAUAAUAAUGAUGAUAAUUAAAAACAACUACCCCCUUCCAAUCCCCAUAUCAUUUUAGAUCAUAAUCAAACAUUGUUAUGAUUUUUAUUCAACCUUCAAAUAUACAUUUUGUCAAUACCAUCAUGCUCUAAAUCAUAGUUAAGAGUCUAAAAUGAUAAGAUAUUUGGAUAUGUUUCCAGUAAUAUUCCAGAUAUUAGAAAAUUUAAAUUCUUCUUUUAUAUCCAAAUUUAAAUGAACAUUUUUUCUUUCCUUGUUUUGUCUAACACUCAGAAUGUCAAAGAGAAAUUUCCCCUAUUUUCCAUACUAUAGGCCCAAACUUACCCGGUACGUUUGUACACAAAAUACUAGCGUCUUUUUACUAUUAUCGGUAUUCUCUUACCUUUUGAUUCAGCAGAUGAUAUUAAGAAACAUCGUCUCGGCGGGGUUUUUUUUUCGUUCUAAAAAUAAUGAACGGCGGCAGAAAUAUAUCAACAUCACACCUUCCGUUCGUUGUAGGUGGUGGGGUUAAAACGAUGCAGUUGAAUGGAAAGAAGAAAUUACAUAGCAAACAGUGAUGCAUUUAAUCCAAAAAUGAUCAGUAGAUUUAUAAUGACUAAUUUUUAGGUUGGUAAUUGCUCUUUCGAUAGGAUUUCUCAGCGAAGUGCAGAUUUUCUAAAAAUGUCGCCAACUAAAUUACACACCUCAUUCAUUUCUUAUGAUCGAUAUGACUUUUAAAAACCGUUUCAUUCCAUUUAAAUACUAACACUGUAGUUUUAACAUUUCAUCAAAAAUACACCCUAAAUACUAUUAUAAUAUAAGGAAGGGGAAGGGGACCUGAAGUCCUAUACACAAGCACCUAUGCGUUUAAU